GUAACUUAUCUAUGAGGUACGAGUGUAUUCUUGACCAAAGGAGCGAGCGGAAGGAUGCCGGACGACUCCCACGUACCGUACGGAACCAAGAUCGAUGACAGGCAGUCCUUUACUUUACCAGCCGCACUCAUAUUAUCGUCCACAAUAAAAAAGCAAGUGCGAGAUCGGGACAUCAACUCUUUGAUUGAUUGCGCAUACAGCACGUACAGUACCCGCGCUGCACUCAAAGUGACAUCGUCAUGUCUACCACUACAUCUGCUGGCGGUGUUGCCCCAGUGGGAAGCAAACCAAAUUACAUUUGGGAUUUGGAAGGUCCCGAGAUUGAUCUUUGGCUCCGUUCUGUUAAAUCUCUCUAUCCAGGUCCAUCCGUGGAACCAUCUCCCGAAGAUUUGGCCAAACGGCAGUUCAUUCCGCUACUGUGGAAGAAUUUGGAGCAUGCGCUUGGCGACAUGAAGGCCGAAGCGGUACGAUCCUCCGAUAGCAAUAGCAAUAGCAAUAGCCAUCAUGGCCCUGACAACACGACAAGUUCCUCCGCCGGUGGUCCUCCUGCCAAAAAGCGCGCCAAAAAAGACCGACUGUUGGGUUACAAAUUGCACGAUCCUUGUAAGAUUUGGAUCCAUAUUAAAGAGUUCGAGUCCAUGGACGACAAUAAUAAUAAUAAUAAAGAUCCAGACGGCAAGAAGAAUAAUCAGAAAAUGAUUCUGUUGCCAGAAGCGGUGCCGACUGUCAUGGGAGCCAAAUUGGCCGAGUUGUCCGUCGCGGGAAUCAUCAAUGGAUUUGCAUCCGUAAAUGGAGGAUUCGUCGACAAACACUUGAAACCAGUUGGCGCCACAGAAAUUGAAUUAUCUUCGGUUGGUAAAUGCACGGUCGUGCAGCUCAAAUCGUGGGCGGUAACACUGCAUCAGUCGGUACAAAAUAGACUCGAAAAGGAUGUAUUGGACACCACACCGCAACGCAUUGCCAGCAUGAUGUGCCCCGACUUGUCACUCAGUGAAUUCAAAGCGGUCCGAAGACGUAUUUAUGACACGGUCAUUCUGGGCAAGGGGCUCAAAGUGGAAGAAGUACAAGAUAUUCCCGUCGCAACCACGUCACAAUCGGUUCAUGACAUUGAAAAGUUCAAAAAAUGCAAAGUCUGCGGCAACAACGACCAAUCAUCCUUUAUCUUGGAUCGAAAGAAUGGCGAUGUCAUUUGUAGCAAUUGCGGGACGGUCGUCGCAGAGAGUGUCAUGCACGAGGGAUCACAGUUUCGAAAAUUCGAAGGAGAAGUCGAUCGGAACCAUCAUGGAGAUGCGGCCAAUCCACUACUGAGUACGUCCUAUAACAUGAGUACCACGUUGGGCGGCGUACAGGUUACCAGUGGAGCCGGGCUGGGAGGCUUUGGAUCCAACCAGAACAAGAGAGGACUGGAAACCAUUCUGCGAAACGCACAUGCGUUUACAGAAUUGAAUGUCAGCAGCCUUGGAAACAGCAAGGAUGCGCAAGGUAGGACUCGUGUGGGAUACAAGGAUAAACAAAAGAAACAGGCGUUUGUGCAGAUGAAUCAUGUUGGAGAUGCCUUGAAUCUGCACGAGGCAGUCGUGCAGCGCGCCAAAGAGAUCUUUGCUGGGUUUCGUGAUGAUCGGGAGUUGUUGCAUCAACUCAAGGCGGUCAUUGCAGCCUGUCUUUGUGAGUCGUUUGACCAACUCUCACAAGACGGAAGGAAAAUAUUGCAGCAGCAGGAGACGGGGACGGUGGAAGCAGAGGAAAUAUCAGAGAAAGAAAAGGCAGCAGCGAGCGUCGCGAAUGCCAAAAAGGCGGCGAUUGCCAAGAGCAUUUCCACCAAUCGGCGGGCUGUGAAACGCGCCAAUUUACACAACGCCAGUAUGGCAGGCAAGGGUGGACUGUUCCUCGACUUUUCGGAUGUAGAAGAAAAGACGAAGAUCAAGACCGAAGACGGGGCUGGUGCUGCUACUCCAGCUUCGACCUCUCCAACAACCAACAGUCGUUUCGAGCUCAAAAGUGCAUCCACUUGGGAUUUGGAGGACUGCAGAAGUUGGCUACUCGACGCCUCAAGAUCCAUUGCUCAAACCUGGGUUGACGAGCGCGACGGACUAACAGCCGACAAUCAAAGCACGAAUGGGAGCAAGGCUGGGGGACCGGCUGCCAAAAGGAGGUAUCCCAAGGGCAGUCGUGAUGAGCUGGAAGGAAAGCUUGUGGAAGAUGCGAUUACCCUCGUCGAGUUUUUGGAAUCCCAGUUGAAAAAGAACGAAACCAAGGGAGGAGCGGGAGGAAAGCGAGUUAUCACACCUCGUGUAACCGACAUGUCCAAGCUUGGAAUUCGCUGGCAGCAUGCACACGAGCGAGGAUCCGGCGGAAAAGGUGGCGUCGGAAACAGUGGCAACAUGAAGAAGCGUGCUAAUGCAACCGCUCUGAAGUCUCGAAAGGCAGGCCAGAUCCUUAUUCUUCAAGCUGCCAAAAAACUAGGUGAAAUUCUGAAGGAUCCAUUGGCCGGUGAAUAUUUCCACAAAGAAUUGCGUGCCUUGGUGGGUCGCCAAAAGGCUCGUAAGGACAAGGAUUUGCGCGACGAGGCGUCACGACAACGGUUGAUCCAGAUGAAACGAAAGCCCUGGCUGCAAGCCAAAGUGACCGGAGACGUCUCCUAGGUAGCGGCUCCGUUCGAUUGAAUGAUUCUAUUCAAUCAUCUCACCAUUUGAAUACUUUGAGGGCGAUUGAAUCAAUCAUUCAUUUACGGUAUUUGUUCGGUGAAACAGGAAUCACUAUGAUUAGCUAGUAGGACUUAUUAUAAAGAUUCGAUAGGAGAUGUUCUCCAUCGGAUGGUGAUGGAUACAUGCAUGCGUCUGAUCGAUUAGUCUAGCCAGAUCAUCUAGUCGCUAGAUCUUGAGGUAAAUGUCCCAUCGG